CAGAACUUCAGCUGGCAGUGUGAAGAGCAAGUUGUGCGAGUCAGAAGUGAUUUGAGUGAACGCUGACAGUAAAAUCCACGGUGACACAAACACGCAGCUUAAUCAACAACUGCAAAACAUUUCCAGGAAUUACAGCGUUCUGCGCAGUUAUCACCACUGCCAGUCUCCAGUAAGCCUCUCACUCCAUCAAUAGGAUGGCGGGCAUUCCAGGAGCAAUCUCCGACAGCAACAACAACAACAACUACUAUGGCAGCAAACUCGAUGGCCUCGACGUAUCAGAACUUGAGUGUCCAAUUUGUUACCACGAGUACAAUGCUGGCCCCAAGUGCCCAAGGGUGCUGGAAUGCUACCAUGUGUUCUGCACUGAAUGUCUUCAAAAGAUUCAACUAUCCAUGCAGAUCCCUGGACAGUCGAGCCCCUUUCUUAUCCCCUGCCCUCUGUGCCGACACCCAACUCAGCUCCGAAUUGGAGGCGCCCUUUCCCUGCCGGUCCACUCCCAGAUUUUCUCCCAGCUCCCACCACUGGCCUUCCAUCUGAAUCCUUCAAGCCGACUGGCCACUGUAACACAGCAUGUGGUGGUUUCUCUGGAUGCCGCUGAUGCCCGCUUCAUCAUUCUGCCCACUGUCAGUCUGAGGGUGGAACAGAGGAGGGCACUGCGCACAGAGCAGGAACGUGAUGGGUCAACUGCGGUGGGCAGAGAGGAGCCCAUCAGUCUGCAAAACCCAGUACCUCCACCUGUAGCCCGGACCGUCAUGCUACAGAAGCGCAGGAGGGCACUCUUCUUUGUCAAAUGCAUCUCAGUGAUGUUCUGGAUCAUUCUAAUCAUUGUGUCUGUGCUCAGCAUUGUUCACGGGCCGAGCCUUUUUAAUGGAUAGAUGUUGUAUAUACUCUAACAAACUCUUCACGGGCAAAGUGAGGUCUCAAACAUGAUUAAAUAACAAGUGAAAUUCUGGGUUUUUUGGUAAGUAAAACUAUGGAGUGUUUGGUUGAAAAUAAAUAAAAACACAUUCUUCAAUAUAUAA